AUGAAUGCUAUAAGAGAUAUCUUUUUAGCAGGCGCUUACACAUUGGAUGCUACAUUCAUUGAAGAUGGAGGACCUCACUGUGUAGCCCAACUUACUAAUUUCUAUCGGCUAAGUGUAAGCGGCAUCUCAGUAAUUCUUAUAUAGUUUACUGUUCAUCUGUUAAUUUAUUUAUACUUCAGCCGUCCUUACAUUAUCAAAAGCCAAGUCCCUAGAAAGCCUCAAAGUCCGUAUUUGAUCGAAAAAAUCCUCGGCCUUUGCCAUAUACUGAUAAUCAUCUGGCAACUUAUAACAAAGUCUAUUACAGGGAGGCUGAUUUUUAUACUUAGUCCUUGCCAUCUAGUCACCUUAGCCCAAUGCUACCUUCUUUUCGUCACAUCUUCACUAAAAUCUGAAAGGCAUUUUACCAAAAUUAUCUCCCUUUCUUGGGCGCCGUAAUUAAUAGUCAGAGCAAUUGCAAUUUUUUUGCCCGCGGCUGGAAACCUUACACUCCCUGGGGAAUAUGGGCCAUCAGGAGAAAACCCCAGGUAGGUUGUUUCAUGCUGCCUAUUUACCGUCAGAAUGGCGGAGGGUUUUUCUGCCAAGGAAAAAUAUAGAUAAUCUUUUUCCAUAUGCCUUUUUGAAAAACCCAUGGUUUUUUCCUGAAAAAAAGGGUAAAAACCCUAUGUCCUUUUUGACAGUAAAAAGUAAGUAUAAAAAAACAACCUGGGGUUUUUCCUGAUGAUCUAGGAGUAUGCAUUGUUUUGGAUUCAGCAUUAUUUGGCUGGGCUGAUAACCCCGCUAACUCUUAUUAUCUGCGGGAGAUUUACAAGAAGUUAUCAGUUAAAUUGGAAGUCAUUGCUUUAUGUAAGGAAUAUUCAGGGAUUUCAUUUCUUUUGGUUUUAUCAAAGAUUGGUGACACCUUUAGCGAUUUUGACGUGAGCAAAUAUUGAUUUUUCUUUAUGUGGAUCUCCAAGUAAAUUAUAUCUAGGCGAUUUUAUUUUUGCUAAAAUUGGGAAACUUUAUUAUGUAGCUGCUGAAUUGUAUUUGUUUAGUUUGCCCUUUAUUUUCACGCUUGUGUAUUUGAAUAUUGGGAAGCUUAUAAGGCCAUCCUUAUUCAAGAUAGAAGAUAAGAAAGAGUAA